AUGGCUGACCAAACAGAUGUAGCUAUUAAAGUGGAAAAAAAAGGAGAAACGGAGGAUGGGAGGACUCCAAGCUUAGACGAUUGGACAAAUUUAAGAAAAGUAUCGGAUAAAUUACCUGUUGGUGCUUGGUUUGUUAUAUUGUGUGAAUUUUGUGAAAGAUUUACUUAUUAUGGAAUUUCCGGUCCAUUUCAAAACUACAUUCAAUUUCCACCACCACCACCAUCAUCUUCCCCAAGUGAUCGACAACCAGGCGCGAUUGGAGCCGGUCAACAAACUGCAACCUCUUUGACAUUAUUUUUUCAAUUCUUUUGUUACAUAACACCUUUAUUGGGUUCUGUAAUUGCUGACAAUUAUCUUGGAAGGUUUAAAACAAUAAUAGUUUUUAGUAUUGUUUACACGAUCGGAUUAACAGUUUUAGUGUUAACAUCAAUUCCACAAGCUAUCGCGUCAAGUGGUGUUUCUUUUAUCGGCCUUAUCAUCUCAAUGUUAAUCAUAGGUUUUGGUACUGGUGGUAUCAAAAGUAAUGUUGGUCCUUUGACUGCUGAUCAAUAUACAAAUACAAGACCAUUUGUUAAAAAAAUUGAACGAAAAAAAAAUGAAACUCUUCAUCAGGGAGAGAAACGAGAAGAUGUCGAUGAUGACGAAGAAGAGGUUAUAGUUGAUCCGAAAUUAACCAUCCAAUCGAUAUUUCAUUGGUUUUAUUUGUCAAUAAAUAUUGGUGCCCUGUCUCCAUUAAUUAUCACAGUCAUUGAAAAAUAUCAUUCAUACUGGCUAGCUUAUUUGAUUCCAAUAUUCGUAUUCGUACCUUCAAUCUUUAUCUUACUAGUUAAUCGAAAUAGAUUGAUUAAAAAUAAGCCCAACAAUGUCAAAGCCAGUAACAACAAUAAUAAGAUCGAAGGAGAAGAUAACAAUGCCAAUAAUAAUUCGAUUUUAAAUUUUUUUAGAAUAACAGGAUUGGUUAUUACAUUUAGAAGCACUAAUCUGGAUAAUUUUAAACCAUCAAAUUUUAAAACAUUGUUCACUGGUAGUGAUGAUGAAAAAGAAGCAAAAGCUAAAAAGUAUAAUGUAGAUUGGUCGGAUAAAUUUGUUGACGAGUUUAAACAAGUUUUAAAAGUUUGCAAGGUUUUUUUGUUCUACCCUUUUUAUUGGAUUUGCUACUUGCAAAUGGUUAAUAAUUUAAUAUCACAAGCUGCUACAAUGCAAGUUGGCAAAGUACCAAAUGAUGUAAUGAAUAAUUUAAAUCCAGUUGCUUUAAUGAUUUUUAUACCUUUUGCUAACUAUGUAUUAUUUAACAUAAUUAUACGUCCAAUCACUCGUAUCUUUAUUGGAUUCAUGUUGAUCAGUUUGGCUAUGGCUUACUCGGCAAUAAUUCAACAUUUUAUCUAUACCACUGGUCCAUGUUAUAUCAAUACCAGAUGUGAAAUAGAUGGUGUACCUGUUCCAAAUGAUAUAAUUACUGCUUUAUUUUUAACAACAAGUGGAAUAAGUUCAGCAAUAGGAUUGCUGAUUGUACCAUUGUCAAAAGAUCCUUAUUUAGUUUAUAUGUAUUCAUCAUUAGCUGUAUGUGCUUUUAUUUCUGGUAGUUUGUUAUUAUGGUUCUUUAAAAAGUAUGAUAAAGAAGAUGAAGAAGAUGAAAAAUCAUCAAAAGCAAAAUAA